UACAAAAAGGCCAAGGACAACUCUCCCUAUGGGGGCGGACGUCUCAUGUGCCCGUUCUAUGAGCAGCUUGACAGGAUAUUGGCUGGGGAUUCGAGCUUCCAGCUGCCUAGGAGGCAACCGAAUAUCACUCUGCCAGAGGAAUCUUCGGGGGAUACCAAUUCCCCGUGUCCCACUGCAGAGGGAGUGGUGCCAGUGAUGAACGGGGACUACCUGGAGGGCCAGGAUCAGUGUUCUCCCUGCACACAGUUAUCUGUGGAAAUCUCUGAUUCCGCCACGCCCAGCCCCAUGUUCUACAUGACAAGGGCAGCAUCUGCAAAGCCUGCAAGCAUGUCUUGGCCAGCAGCAAAAGCUGAUCACCCGGCUCCCUCCCUGCCAUCGUUCUUCCCUACUCACCCAGGCAGCUCAUCAAACAAAGACUCACGAAUGGACGUGGAAAUGCCAUCGUCGCCAUCUACUCUGCUGCACAACUGCGCAACCCUUUCUUCAGAAGGGCGCCUGACCAGAGUCCGAAAGCGCCAGCGGAAGACGAGGAACGACUUGGUCAUGGAACUGUCGAGGAUAGCAGACAGGAGGGUGCAGACGGCCACAGACCGGAUCCUGUCUUCCCUGAAUAGGUACGCCACGGCGGACUUACAGGACCGCGAGAGAGACCGGGCAGACACCGCGCAGAUCAUCGCCAUCAUGCACCGCCAGACGGAACUGCUGGAAUCUCUGGUGCAGAUGCAGUCCAACGAACAGACUCCCGCCUCCCCUCCGCCCUCGUGGCAUGCCCGGCCUCGUUCCGCCAUUUCUCCUCCCUCUCGCUCGGGCAUCCCAAGACGGACUCUCGUGCCCAGAGUGAAUCACAGGAGAAGGCCCCAGAAGUAUAGCCCUUAAUUGCACGGUUGCAGUUUUGUCCCUUGACAUUACCGUUUUAUAACGUUCCCUUCAGUUCCUUUGAUUUUAUUUCUUAAAACGUUAUAUAGGUUGUGAAUUCCCCCUUCCCCUUUCACUGAUACUUGGAGGAGUAAUGGGGUGAUGAGCAUGAGACAAUCUGUCUCUUCCGUGUAACCGUGUAACCGUUUCUCCUCCUUUCACGGUUGGAGCCAGCUUUCCUCUUCUGUGCUGCAUACAGGAUGAAAGUGUUACCACCCUAAUGGAUAUAUAAGUGAAAUGGUACGACGUUUUGUAGGGGGUGAAUACAAUACAAUAUAAGCUUACUUAGUGUUAACAGUAAGCUCCUGCCCAGAGGGUUUCACGCACCUCCACAUGUCCCCUUGUUUGUGGCCAGAAUGCUGAACUUUUGUGCCAAGAGGAGGAAAAGAUGCCUGACUUCCUCCAGCUUUCCACUCAGCACCCAAAGGGCUGAAAACCGUCAUUUGCCUCCCAGCUAAAAAAGUGACCAGCUGUGCAGAAGGCCUCUCUGUCACUUCCAGCUGUUCCCAUCUGUGGUGCUGGCAGGCGGGGGACUGAUGCAGGUGUGCUGGAGUAACUGGCGCACAUGGGCUCUGUAAAUCCUGGGUGCAGAUGCACCUCAUAGUUUUUUGUUAUGUCACUGAGAUGGCUGUGGGGGAAAAUGGCAGACAGCUGCAGAAUGGUGAGAAGAGUCUAGAAGGAAGUAGAAAUGACUUCAGGGAUGAAUGCAGGCCGGCUAUGUUAGGAUGUGUGUGCGCGCGCGCGCAUGCGCAUUAGAGUUAGACAUGGAAGUAGGUGACCAGGGCAGUGCAAGUUGGUUUCCUAUGAGCUUGCUGUGAUGUCCCUUCUCCACUCACACAGAGGGCCUACCACCCUCUAAAACCUCACUCUCAGGUUCAGGGUUACAUUGAACUUUUGAGCCAUGGUCUUAUUUCCACAAUCAGGAUUCUUCGUUCCAAAUUGACUCUUCAGCUAACUCUUCAGCAGCUCUUCACAGCUUCACUCAGCCAGACACCCUCUCAGCUCCCUAGCUACCUACUCCCAACUGCUUUUUUAACUGCUGUUGCCCAACUGUCUCUCCCCAACAUUGAUGGCUCGUAGGGAGAGGUGGAACCUGGUGUGUUCGUCACACUUGCAUUGGACCAAGAAGGCCCUGACCUGGAUAGCCCGGGCUACCCCUA